AUGGUUCUGGUUCCAGUGGACAUUAUGAAAGUGCCCCUGCCAGCACAUGCAUUGGAGGUGAUAGAGAAGAAUGACAGGAAGGAGACUGACAGGAAGAAAUUGGAUAUUGCAGCCAGAUUGAACAUAAUUCACGAGAGGAUUAAAAUUGCUUAUGAAAAUGCUGGUAUGGUCACCAAUAUCUACUCCUCAUCUUCAGAGCGUGAAAUGUUACAAAAGCUUCAGCGUAAACCACCCACUGCAGUUUUUGAUAUAAAAGAAAAGAAGAAAAGGAUAGCAGAACAGCAUAAUAUGAUGGAAUUGGUGAAAACAUAUUUAAAUGGUUGUGAAAAAAGACUUCAGCUCAUGAAAGAAGUUGAAAUGUGGUUGGAUUCAUGUAAUGACUUAGUAAGUCAGCACAAUGUAGUGAAUGUGUAUGCAUGA